AUGUCUUCUGCUGUCAAAUAUUUCUACAAAGGUCAAGAAACCGAUCUAAUUGUUUUCGUAUCCUCCGUUGAUGAUGUAAACGAAUACUUAAAGGAUCCAUCUAUCGGUAAACUUUCACAAGUUGUGGAACUUUUCAAAGUUUUCACGAAUAACGUAGGUGAAGGUGCUGAAGGUGAAUUGGGUGAGGCUUCAAAAUCACAAAUUGCUAAUGAAUUUGGUCAAGGUAAGAAGAUCGAAGAGGUUAUCGAUAUCAUCUUGAAGGAAGGUGAACCAAAUGCUAAGGUUGAAAAGAUCGAACGUAAAGGUCCUGGCCACUCUAGCGUGUAA